AUGGAGUAUGCUAAACUUCUUCGCCAGCUUGAUAUUAGGCCAACGGCCGAUGAAGCUCGAAAGGCUUUCAAUCAAGAAUGGACGGCUGAGACACAACCUACGCUUUUGCCCGUCUGCGCUUCUGCUCCUGCUGAUCUUUUGACGCCGUCUGCUAUCUAUCUCAAGCUGUCUUCAGGCGCAACUUCCGAAUACUCCUUCCUCCUCGAGAGUGCCACUGGUAGCACAGAAACCGUCGGAAGAUAUUCUUUUAUCGGCGCCAACCCUCGAAAGGUGCUGGCCACCGGCGAUGGCUACGAACACUCCGGCGACCCUCUCAAGACCCUCGAGACCGAGCUCUCCCACGACCGCGUCCUCGAUAUCCCCUCACUAAGACUACCCGCUCUUUCCGGAGGUGCCGUCGGAUAUGUGUCGUACGACUGCAUCAAGUACUUUGAGCCCAAGACCGAUCGACCAUUGAAGGACAACCUCAAGAUCCCCGAGGCUCUGUUCAUGCUUUUCGACACCAUUGUCGCUCUUGAUCACUUCCGUUCGACGUUGACUAUCGUUACGCAUAUGAAACUACCAAAGAACCCCUCAGAUGAUCUCCAACCCGCCUACGACCAGGCCUGCGAAACACUCCGAAAGACUCUCGAUAUCGUGUACCAGCCCGAGACGCCUCUACCAGCCCAAACAUUCGUCGAACAAUCCGAGGCUGACCAAGAGUUUUCGUCAAACGUGGGCCGUAAGGGUUAUGAGAAGUUUGUUACGGAACUCAAGAAGUACAUUGUCAAGGGUGACAUUAUCCAGGCCGUGCCCUCGCAAAGAUUCCGCCGAAGCACAAAGCUCCACCCUUUCAACAUCUACAGAACACUCCGAACAUUGAACCCUUCGCCAUACGUCUUUUUCCUGUCUUGCAAGGACUUUCAUAUUGUUGGUGCUUCGCCUGAGUGUCUCAUGAAGACCGACGGUUAUGCACCUUUACCUUCGGACUCGCGGUUUGGAUACACUGCUGCUGAGGCUCGGUCAAGACCUCGUAUUGUCAACCAUGCUAUUGCCGGAACUAUUCACCGUGGAAAGAACGCCGCUGAGGAUGAUAGAUUGGCAGCUGAGCUUUUGGCGUCUAAGAAGGAUCGUGCUGAGCAUGUCAUGUUGGUCGAUCUUGCUCGAAACGAUGUGAACAGAGUCUGCCACCCUACGACCGUCAAGGUUGAUCGACUCAUGCGAAUUGACCGUUUCUCUCACGUCCAGCACAUCACAUCCGAAGUUUCAGGAGUGUUACGCCCCGAAUGCACACGCUGGGACGCCCUCCGCUCCAUCUUCCCCGCCGGAACAGUCUCAGGCGCACCCAAGAUCCGCGCCAUGGAACUAAUCUACGACCUCGAGCAAGAAAAGCGAGGAAUCUACGCGGGAGCAGCAGGAUGGUUCGGCUACGACAUUGUGCGCGUGGACGACAGCACUGAGUCUGCGGACAAGAUCUAUGUCGACGAGGGACCUAUGGACACGUGCAUUGCUAUCCGAACAAUGCUUGUCAAGGAUGGUGUGGCGUACAUGCAGGCUGGUGGAGGAAUUGUGUACGACAGUGAUCCUACGGAUGAGUGGAUGGAGACUAUGAACAAGUUGAGUGCGAACUUGAGGUGUGUGGAGCUUUCGGAGAGGUAUUUUGGGGAUGGUGUUAGUGGGAAGAGUGUUGAGGAGAUUAUUGCUGAUGAGAGGAGGAAGGGGGAGGAGGAGAUUGCUGCUGAGGAGUAG